GUGAACUGGAGCCGGUAUUUAAGGGAGCGGGCCCCGAACGCAGCGAGACAGUGUGACGCGGUGGGACGGACGCAGAGUGGGACCCUCCCCGAGCCGACACCGGCGCCAGAAUGACUCCUCUGGCCCUCCUCUGUCUCCUCCUGACCCUGGGCUCGGGGACGGCCCGUCCGGACGGACGACUGCUGUAUGCCGCCACCUCCGGCCCCGCGGCAGCUGCCCCCUCUCUGGAGCAGGCAGCAGACACCGCGGGCCCCUCCGCCGCGGGAGCUGCCCCCUCUCUGGAGCAGACGGCAGACACCGCCGGCCCCUCCGCCGCGGGAGCUGCCCCCUCUCUGGAGCAGGCGGCAGACGCCGCCGGCUCCUCCGCCGCGCGCGGGGCACACACCGACACCGGUCUGACACCGGACGGAGGUCGGCCGGCAGCGGCGUCAGAGUCGCCGGCGGGUGACGCAGACGACGACGGAGGGUCGGCUGCCCCGCGGCAGGGUCAGGACUCGGGCGAGCUCGGCGCUGACGCGUCCAGCGCUGACAGCGGUGAGGACGGCAGUGCGGACCUGCUGAGCGGCGGGGGAGCGGCCGCCGCAGCGAGCCAGGGUGACUUGGUGGACGACAUGGGCCAACAGGAGGACGGUGGAGUGGAGGGUGAGCAAAUGGACGAUAGCGAAGGUGACGGUGCUGACGGAGGUGACGACUAUGACGCUGGUGGUGACGAAGGCCACAAGGCCGGCAGUGAAAACGAUGCUGAUGAUGGUGAUGACGAUGACGACGACGAUGGCAAUGAUGCUGCCGAUGAUGAUCAAGACGACGAUGAUGAGUAUGAUGAAGAUGAUGAUUCUGAGGAUUAUGAUGAAGAGGAGGAAGAUGAGGAUGAGGGUGAUGAUGAAGAUGAUGAGGAUGAAGAGCAGGAGGAGGAUGAGGAGGAUUAUGAGGAUAAGGAUGAGGAUGAUGAG